UCCGGUCCGCGCACUAGAUCUUCUGGAGCAGCGCCCGAUCCAGGUGAACCCUUGGAUCUUUCAGCGGGCCGAUGUUCCUCUUCUCGCCCGGCCACCUUUGUGCCGGGGACGCCUCCCGCAACCGACCUUGAGGGCGCGGGAGCUCAAAGACAUAUUGAAGUUCACACGAUUCAUCUCUACCAAGACCAAUGCACAAUGACUUGUCGUUCUGGCUGGACAGGUUAUAAUUUUACUUGUAUGCAGUUCAUCAAUGAAGAAAUUUACUGGAUCGAAGCUGAGGUGUACUGUCAAAGCCUUGUCCAUGGUGGUCACCUUGCUUCAAUACAUAGCAAGGAAAAUAAUGAUUUUGUCUUGCGAUUAGUUCAAAAGGAGAGUAGCCCAUAUCAGAAAGUUUGGAUUGGUAGCUCUGAUAACCACCAGGAUGGUAACAUGAUUUGGACUGAUGGAUCCAGAUGGGAUUAUCAAAACUGGCUUGCAGGAAAACCUUUGGUUGGCUUAUAUUGCAACACCAUGGCACUCAUUCAAGAUCCUGGCUUUUGGAGCGAUGAGUACUGUAACAUCAACAAAUAUCCAUUCAUCUGCAUGACGCAUGUAGAGUAUGGUUAGACGCAGCAGCAGUCAGUGUGGUGAAACUUGUGGAUCCUGAUGUUUCCAAAAAGCAGCUAUAACUUCCUGCUUAGAAUCCACCCUCCUUUUUAACCUAUUAUUUUCUUACAGUUCUUUGUUUAAAAUACCAAGAGGCUUGUUACAUCAAGUUUGUUGCAUCCAAAAAGAAUAGUGCUCACAUGAAAGAGCUCAGGCUAUAGCCCGGCUGGAAAUAUUGGUCUGUGGCAUUUGCUCAAUAAAAAGAGAAGACUGUGUCAUUACAGAUUUGAAACUCCAUUACCAUGGCUUAUUGAGCCCAUUAAUAAUCCAAGUUGAAUAAUGCUUGAAUUCAGGUCUAGAGUCUGCUUGUUCUCACAUUAAAGAAAAAUGUGGAAGUAAAAUGGUACCGUGUCUCUGUUUAGGUCAAUAUCAGUAAUGCUUAUUCAGUUUUACAUUUGUAUCCUGCACCUUAUUUUUGCACUAGAAAUUUAAAUGAUUGAUUGGGUUAUUGUUCUA